AUGAGCCCCAAUUUGGAGUUUUUCUUGAGAUCUAUCUGUUAUCAGUCUAAGCAAAUUGUUGUUCCUAAUCCAGAUGUGCGGGGUCGCCAAGAGAUAUUGGAGCUCUAUCUACAAGAUAAACCAUUGGCUGGUAAUGUAGAUGUGAAAGCAAUUGCUCGUGGUACACCGGGUUCAAUGGGGCAUUUAAAGCAAUUCAUCGAUGAUUGCAAGUCCAAUUCCUCAAUCCUCUCCGAUCCUUCUCUCCCCUUCUUCCAAGACUACCUUGAAAGGUACCUGGAUCAUAAUCAAUUUACUGGGAGAAUCCCGGAUGCAUUCUAUAAGCACACUUUCUUGAAAGAAAUGUAUAUUGAAGGAAAUGCUUUCCGGCCAGGUGUGAACCCUAUUGGUGUCCACAAUGUCCUCGAAGUUUCUGAAAUAGAGUUUUUGUUUUAGUCAAAGCUUCCACAUAUUAUUUACUCGUAGAAUUGUUUCUUUUUGUUCUUGCUAAAACUAGGGUGUUUCAGUUUGAAUUGGAAUGUAGUUCUAUAAGUAGGAUGUAUAUAAUGUACACUAGUGUUUUGGGAAAUUUAAGAAAUUUUGGAAGUAGGUUGUUUGACAGUUUAGAAAGGUGUUGUUGGAUUCUUUGGUUGUCAUUAUUUUGUGUGAACAAUGUCUGGUGGAACACCAUGGUGGGGAUGUCUGGUUGUUUCAGUUUGAAUUGGAACAAUGUCUGGUUGUUUGAUAGAAAUUUAAUAAAUCGAAUGUUAAUGAAUUA